AUGCACUUGAAAUAUGUUACAGUUUGUUCUGGACUCUGGCAUAAAUCCUGCCUCAGAAGAAUUACUGAUGGUGAUCUCCAUGGCCUGUUAGAGGUAAGCAUUCCCACUACCCUAAAAUUGACAGUGUUCUUGACAUUCUAGACUGAUUUUCUCUCUCACUUUUUCAGUACUCUGGGAAAGAACUGCUUGCAGAUGAGAACAGCAGUUCUGAAGACAGCCUGUCUGAUAAGGACUACAUACCAGACUCAGAGUCACUGGAAGAGGACCAUGAUGAUUCAGACGCAAGCUUACCUUUAGCAGAGAGUCCGAAGAAAGCUGUACAGCUAAAAAAAAAGCCAGGACUACCUGAUAUUCUGGCAUCAUGUGCUUUAGACUUAAGCUCUAAGGCUGUCCAGAAUACGCCACACGGUUAUCAGCCUUAUAAUGAUAAUGUUGCUGAAGAACUGGAUUCAGUCAAGUCUGUCAAAGACUCAUCGAAGGAUAAGCUGGAGGGCAGAGCUGAGUUUGACAACCAAGAAGAACCCCAUCUGACCAUGUGCAUCAAAAACUAUUGUUUCAUAUGUGGGAAACCACAAAGCAAAAUUUCCCGGCACUUAAGAACUCAUAAGCCACAUCCUGAAAUUGUCCACGCCUUUUCCCUGCGAAAAAGCGAAAGAUUCUAG